AUCCUGCAAGGAGAGAAGGGAGAGGGAAUUAUAUUCAAAGCACUUUUCAUGAUGAGAAAGCCUUCCCAGAGAAGAUCUCAGCACCCACCAAAUGUGGUCCCUCCCUACCACAUCACAAGGGAAAAGACUGGCAUCUUCCAGAGGAAAACUCAGCCAGCUCCCACAGGACUGGAGAGUGGGCACAGAUCCCGUCCACCCCUGGGGACACUGUUGGGAUGGCAGCAAGUCCACCUUGGACCUCCUCCUCUGUGCAGGUACUCCCUGCUCACUUGUGCACCAAGUGCACCUUGAAAAUGAGCACCCUCCUCUCCUCUUUGCUUCUCCACCUCUCUGAUGAAUCCCAGCAGCAUGGAUCCUGCUGGCAUCAGUAGCAACACUCAUAUUUUAGCUCAAGGCCACUUCUGCAAGUUUCUCCUCUGGGUCUACAUUUGGUCAUCAUGCCCAAAACAACUCCCAUGGGCAAAUCCACAGCAUGAGGGCCAGGACUUCAUCCCAUCUGCACUAAAAUGUUCCUGGCAGGCUCCUGCGUGGGAAGGGCUGGCAGAGAAGGCAGCACCAAGAGUGGGGGUGGUUUUUUUGUCCUCCCUUUAGCUCCUUGCUGUUUGUCACAGCCUGCUCUCGCCUGCCUGCAGCAAGCACGGAGAGCUCCACUGUCCUGCACUGGGAUGCUGCUGGCUUUCCAGGUCUGGUAAAAACCAGGAGAUGCAGAACUUCACUGCAUUGAAGAAACCAUCAGAAAAAUCCAGUAUCAACAUUCUCAUCAAACAGAGACAGGAAACCUAAGACAGGGAGCAGGUGCAGUUGGGCUUAUUAGCUGAUGCCUUCACCAGCAGACUAGUUAAAGAUGAGAGCUUUCCUCCUCUCCAGUGUGCUGGAAGAGCCUUUGCAGAGGCAGGAUCCCCCCCCAUAUCCCCUCCCUUGGAGCCCCCUGCUUCUUCCAACAUCCCAUGGACCUCUCAAUAAGCCUCUUUCCCUCAGCAAGGUGAGGGGAAUCCCUCGCUGAGCCAAAUCCCCGUACACAAACACCUUGCUAACCAUGUGACUUGUCAGGAGAGGCCAAGCCCAAAUCCUCCAGCCUCCUCCCAGGAACCCCACUGUCCCCUAGACUCAGUUUCCUCCAUGUCUUCACCUCUAAUAGCAGCAAUCCUGCUGCAGAAAGCCGGCACACAAAAAGAGGAUGAGUGACAAAGGAGAGUCCCAGACAUGCCAAAAUGGCCCUCACUGCUCAAGCUGAACUGGCUGGAGCUCAGACAUCUUGUUUCAUAACACGAGGAAAUCCCACACGAAUGGAAAGGAGUUGGAGCUGGACACUCCCAUGGCCAGGACAGAGAGAGUAGAGACAGAUGAGCUCCAAAAAUUCGGAGGAGAGCCUUGCUGAUGAAUCUGUUUCCAUGCACCAGACUCCCAGUGAACACACCCUUGGACAGCAGCUACCAUUGGGGUAAGCUGUUAUUCCAAAGCGGGAGCUUGCACCCAUAAAAAUAGGAAAACCAGCUUAAAUACACCAGGCACCCACAUUUAUUCUGAUCCCUGCUAAGGUCAGGAAGAGGCUGGGCUUUGCAGGUAGGCUCAGGUGCAGACUGGGAACAAGAAACUCAAACAAACCCUGUUUCACCUAAAAGAAAACCAGGCCAAGACCUGUAACAUCCUUGUUGCAUUUUGCAGAAGUUAUUUCAAUUGUACUGAGCCGUGUCUGAAAUGGCCACAAUACAGGAUGACUGAGCACCAAAAAGUUUUCCGGGAAGCGAGGGGGGACUGUGUGGCGUGGGGUUUUUUUUAAACUUGACUUUUUAGGUCGCCAGGAAGUUGUAUUCAGUUGAGAUCUGCGACUUCAGCAAACAUCAAUUCCUGCACAAAUAUAGACCUGCUGGUUUCCUGAUCGAGCACCCUUUUGAUGUCAUUUUUAGAUAAUUGGGCAUGGACUUUAACCUCCCUUGUAGCAGUUUUGAAUGGAUGUAGCUGUAUGAAGAGUUUAUUUCAGUGAGUCCAGACCAACAAUCAACAAAAUGCUUUUACUCUUUAAGGCUUUUCUUGCUUGGCAGAUAAAUUUUUGCUGUUCUUUUUCCCCACCUGGCAGAAAGGCUGAAAUCACAUGGUAAAUAUGUCUAUCCAUGCUCUGCUCUGCAGAGUGAAAACUGCUCUGGUCUUAAAAUAAAAGUACUCCUGUGAAGACACUGCACAUACCAUCUACCUCUGAAAAGCAACCCAUCCCAGUAGAGCUGGGGCUCAUGCUGACACCUCUGCAUGAGGCUGAGCUGGUUUGGGGUCUGGCUCACCAGCUCUCCAGCCUUCCAGGGACAGCACCUCCCCUCCAUGACAUGGAAGGGUGGCCUUGGAGCUCACCCUCUCCCCAGGCCACUCCAGAGCCCUGGUUGGAGCCACCUGUCUAAAUGGAGCUGUGCGUGGGGCUCCCUCGACACCAGACAGGACUUCCCACUGUGCCAGGACCUGGGAGCAUCCACAUAGAGGAUCCACGACUUCAAGCCCCACCUGAGCAGCCCAGGGGAGGGAAGGUGAGAUGGGAUGCAGAGUUGACAGAGAUGACAGGGCAUCUGCUGAGAAGCAAAGGGCUCUGCCCCUGUCACUGUGCAGGAGUCACCUGAGCCUGAGCUGCCUCCUCCAGUCCCCACUGUCAGGCAGAAGUGAGGGGUAUGAUCGUGCACUCCAGGGGGCUGCUGAGCUGCCGGGCUCUGGGUCAGCAGCUUUCCCCUCACACACCCAGCACAUCCCGAGAGGGGGGGCAGGUGCUGUAAUCCGUCAUCUGCAUCUUAAGGAUGUAAAAAAAUUGUGGAUGCAACCUGGCUAUUUGUUCCUGUGAAAGCAAGAAGAGUCCUGGAGACGGUUGCCUGACAUUGUUUGCAGAUUAUUUUUAUGCCACUCCUACCCUGAACCAGCGAGGGGAGGUUGGCUCCACCAGGAUCAGGACAUUGAGUCCAUCCUGCCCUCUCUGCUUGCAAUUCCACAACUAAAACAGGAGCAUGGCACAAAGACAUCAGUUGCUGUUGUUAACUCAGCUGUAUGUGAGCAUCAUGCAAGAAACACUAACAUAUCCUUCCUGGGAUGUUCUUGUGCUGGAUUCAUUCCUGACACUGCAGUAAAUCCAUGAGAAGAAGCCCUCUGACAUCGGCCAAGCAAGCCAGGGUAAAUGAAGGAAGAACUGAGUUAUCCCAAUGCUGGAUCAUGCCAAAGGCAUUGCUCCCAAAACCAAUCCAUAACCAAGCCAUUUUUGCAUCUUAUAUCAUGGUGGCAUUAGAAGUGAAACACAAGUUCCACUCUUCCAGCUUGGUUUAGCCUCACAUUUCACAGCUCAGCAGAGAUCCCAAAUCAGGGGGACAGGAUGGCUUUUUAUUUAACAAUCAGGCAGUUCUUUCUCCCCUCCCUGCCCUGUAUUUUACAGGCCCACAAACCCACAUACUCUUCAUGUCUUCCAACAAAAAAAAACCCAAGAGUUGAACCGCAGUGGUACUUCUAAAGUUACACACAGUGCACAGAAGUGCCUUAGCCAGUUACAGCAACUUCAUUAAAGCAAGCACCUCACUUACCACACAGUCCUCUCUAGCAAGGAGCAAAUGAACAGGAGACAACCAGCAUCCCCACACCUCCACUCUUUUCCUCCCUUUCCAUUUUAUCUUCCAAACCUGGCUCUUAGCACUUCCACUUCUCCCUGGCUCACAGGAGCAAAACUGUCUCACUAGAAAUGAACUGCUCAGAUCCACGUGGAACUUGGGGAACUGCAUCUGGCACCCCCUUCCGCAAGUGCUACAUGGAGGAUCCACGUAUUGGUUACAAAGAGCAGCCAGUGAGACCCUCGGUUGAUGCUGGGGUGGGUGUGAAGCCCCUUUGGCCGGUGGCCACCAGCUGGAAGCAGUUUCUCUGCUGUGGAUUAAUUUCAUGGAUGCCAGCGGAUAAUAACAGCUCUCAGCCACUACCAACCUGGGCUGCUUUGUCGUCUCCCUGCUGUUUUAAAAGAGCUUUCAUUCUUGCCACAGAAUGUUUGGAGCUGAAAUAAGGGAGUGUGAGGGGGGAAGAGACAACCCACAACUACCGGGAUCGCAUGUGCCGGAGCCUGAAGUCCUCGGGCAGUCUGUACUACCCGGAGCGAGCUUUGUGCAUGACCAGCAAAACCUCAUUCAAGGAAAGGAAGCAGGAAUAAUUGCAUGGCCAGACGAGGGGAGAAAACGACCUGUUUAACUUGCUAACCAAUUUGUGGCUUCUUAAUCAAUCCACACAGGGAUGGAUCACUGGGGCGUCAUCCGAUGGAUGUGAAAAACUACGUGUGCAGGAGAAGCACUGCUGCCCUUCUCUGAGUUAACCCCGUCCCAAAGAGAGGAGAAGAACAGAAGUGGGGAAAGCUGGAGGUGCGUAGACAUGUCCAAGACGGCUGUCUGACCCAGGCCCGGCUCCAGCAGGGCAGGACAACACCCCAGCGGGAGUCACACGGGAUGGCCCGAGCACGCGUGGAACCAGCGCCGGCCGAGCCCGGCAGCCCCUCCCCGGCCGGCCCGGUCCAACAUCCCGAGGGUUGAGGGGAUGCGCUGCCGAGGAUCUGCCCGAGCCGCUCCGGGGGCUGCUAGGCAGACCUGGAGAGACCCACUGUGAUCCCACCAGCAAGAACGCAAGAGCAGCUGCUGCAGGGAGACCUGUCAUAUAUAAGAGGAUGCUCAGUGCAGAAGAACAUGGAGGUUGGUCCAAAAAUGCUGCAGGGAGAGGCUUUGGGCACCUGUCUGCAGGUGGGUCGGGCUACCCUGUUGUCUUCUUCACUGAUAAGAGAUGGUGGAAUGCAGCUGCCACAAAGUCAAACAGAGUCACGAGUGACGCCAGGGAGGGUGGGCUGGUAAGUCACAAACUGAGGAAGUUUCCAUGCAAGGGGACCCAUGAGUCCUCCUGUUCCACACCUCACUGUCAGCAUUUGGGGUCUGGGAAAACUUGGGAGGCAGAAUGCGGAGGAGGAUGGGGGUGCCGGCUGCUCUGGCCGCAGAGACACAGCUUCCCCAAAGCUGAGACAGGACCGGGAUGGGUGGGGAGUCCCUCCUGCCAUCCCAAACGUGGGCAAACCAGUCUCUCCAGCCACAGACACCACAUGAGAAAGCUGUGGUUGCCCUCAUGUCUACCUGCCAUCCUUUCCCUGCUCCAGGCAGGGAGCUCCGGCUCCUGCAUCCAACCCGAGGUACCUCGUGACCAGGGUCAGCCACUCCACCUGCUCUCGCCUUGGUUUUCCUCCACCUCAAAUGGCAAUAACCCAUCUCCAAGGUUCUGUGUAGCCAAGUUCAUUAGUGCCUGGCUUUGUUAAUUGCUUUCAGCAGGGCUGGAAGAACAGAGACAGAAUUAUGGCAAUUGCCCUGUUAUCUGCUCAUCUUUGGGGAGGAGGAGGUGGACAUGCUGGUGAGGCUGGACGGCAGUGCUGGGCUCACUGUGGCCACAGGGCUCCUGCUCUGAGCUGGAGGAGAAAUCCUCAACCCCUUCACAUGCACAGCAAAUUAAUGUGGAUGCUCUUAAUUUCAUCUAUUUGGUUGGGGCUAAAAUAAAGAGGCCCAGAAAAAGUGCUGAAUCUGAAUGGAUGCUCAAGGGUAGGGCUGAAUUCAGGCUCUUGAUGCCAAGUAGAGCCCAUGGCACCUUCUACUCACAGCUGCAGUGUGUUUGUGGAGAUAAACCAUUUCUCAGGUGGAGCACAGUCCUCUAAACUACAUGUGCUAGACAAGAACUGUGAAGGUGGCCACAUCCUUGGGUGAUGCACAGGGAAUUAGCAGCUGCAGAGGCUAAAGGGGAUGGGAGACCACAGAUAAGGGGCUAGCAUGGAAGAAGGGCUCUCCUCACCUCCCUGUCUGCUUUCUGGGUUUAAAUGUUUUGUUUCAUGGACAAACCAUCUGAAAGGUUGGUGUUUACAGUCACAGUCCCUACUGCAGCAGGGUAAUCAGAGUUAGCACGCCUGGGCUGGGGUUUUGCCAAAGUCCUGGUUCUACCUGUUUUCCUCUUGGCUGAUACUAGUCCAAGGUUCUGCCCAAAUCAAACCUGGGCUUUCCAGCCACUCGUGCUCCCUAUUUUAGUUACACGUUUGAAAGAGAAGACCCAGCUAUCUGCCACGGCCAUCAGCCUGCAAGUGCCUGCAGGAACUCGUGUGCUCUCCCUGCUGAUCUUGCUGGUUUUGUAAGGAAAAGCAGUCCUGCAGAGGACAUCUGGUGCUCACAGGAGGGACAAAGCAGAUCCAAAAGUGUGGGUAAGGAGGUCACUUGCUGGGGAAAAAUGGGGGAGGUGAGUGGUUUAAGUGAUCUUAAAGCCAUCAGUGAGUUGAAGGAACAUGGCCAAGCCUUGUGGCACAAUGGCAAGUGGGCCAUGAGCUGCUUUGUUCUCUCUUCUUCCUUUCUGUUUUGACUCAGUGUUAGCAGUCAGCCCUGCCAAAAGGCAGCGGGUGCAGGCUGGAAGAGGUGCCCAGUGAUGUCAGAACAUCGCUGCUGGUGUCCAGGUGAUGUCCAUGGUCUGUGCAUAGGCAGGACAGGUGGGAAGAGGUGAAGAACCUGGUGGGUGAGAGCUCAGGAUGACUGUCCUGCUCCAUUGCUGCAUGGACCAGGGAGGUGUCCCACAUAUUGUAGGCAAAACCCAAUCCCUGUGUAAAUGGCUUGGAGCAGCUUCCCACAUCCCUCAUCUCAUCACUCUGUGCCUGGGGCAGUUGCCUCUGGGCUUUCCCAACAGCUCUGUGCUGUUCCUCGCCUUCACUGAUGUUUCCAACAACGACAAAAUACGCCAAAAAUAACCCCUGCUCUCUGGCAGGAAGGUAGGAUAUAAACACAGUGACUGUUUGUUAGUGUUAGUGUGUGCUGGGCUUUCAAGCCAGGCUGAGCUUGAGGGGGAUCGCUUCCUGCACCACAGUCCUGACCUCCCACUGCCUCCCUACUCUGUCUAGGCCGGGGAGCUCCCCAAAACACCUCUGCUCGGUGCAUGCCACUUUGAGAAGGUGAGGCUGCAGUCCUGGAGGUGCUGGAGGGACUUUUCUGGAUGAGGUUAAGAUUUACAAUUCCCUGGAGUGGAGCAGGGACGGCAGUCGAGAGCCCUGUGCUCUGCAGUCGAAGUGUGCCAGAGUGAGCUACUGAAAGAUGUUGGAGCCAUUGUGCUGCUAGACAGAUUGGAAGCUUAGAAAACUACUACCACUUUCACCACAGCAGGACGUUUAAGCGCUCGACGCUGAGCAGCCGGGGACCACACAACUUCCUCCGCAUGGACCCCAAGGUGGACUGGCUGCAGCAGCAGGAGGUGAAGCGGAGGGUGAAGAGGCAGGUCCGAGGGGAGCCACACUCUCUGCCCUUCAACGACCCGGUGUGGCCCAACAUGUGGUACCUGCACUGCGGCGAUAAAAACAGUCGGUGCAGGUCAGAGAUGAACAUCUUGUCAGCCUGGCAGAGGGGCUACACGGGCAAGAACGUGGUGGUCACCAUCCUGGAUGACGGCAUAGAGAGGAACCACCCCGACCUCCUGCAGAACUACGAUCCUCUUGCGAGCUACGACGUCAACGGGAACGACCACGACCCGACUCCGCGCUACGAUGCCAGCAAUGAGAAUAAACACGGCACUCGCUGCGCGGGGGAGGUGGCGGCAGCGGCAAACAACUCGUACUGCAUCGUGGGCAUCGCCUACAACGCCCGCAUCGGAGGCAUUCGUAUGUUAGAUGGAGAUGUAACAGAUGUUGUUGAAGCGAAGUCGCUUGGCAUCAGACCCGAUUACAUUGACAUUUACAGCGCGAGCUGGGGGCCAGAUGAUGAUGGGAAGACAGUUGAUGGACCUGGUCUAUUGGCCAAACAGGCUUUUGAGCAAGGCAUUAAAAAGGGUCGCAGGGGACUGGGGUCCAUUUUCGUCUGGGCGUCGGGGAACGGCGGCAGAGAGGGCGAUUACUGCUCCUGUGACGGCUACACCAACAGCAUCUACACCAUCUCCAUCAGCAGCACCACCGAGAAUGGCUACAAGCCCUGGUACCUGGAGGAGUGUGCCUCCACCCUCGCCACCACCUACAGCAGCGGGGCUUUUUACGAGCGGAAAAUAGUCACCACGGAUCUCCGGCACCGCUGCACCGACGGCCACACCGGCACCUCCGUGUCCGCCCCCAUGGUCGCGGGAAUCAUCGCCUUGGCUUUGGAGGCAAACCCCCUGCUAACCUGGAGGGACGUCCAGCACCUGCUGGUCAAAACCUCACGGCCGGGGCACCUGCGAGCGCCCGACUGGAAAACCAACGGCGCGGGGCACAAAGUUAGCCAUCUAUAUGGCUUUGGGCUGGUGGAUGCUGACGCUAUUGUGGUGGAAGCCAAGAAGUGGAAGAUGGUUCCUCCCCAGCACGUCUGCGUGGGAAGCCUGGACAGGGUGCCCAAGUACAUCCGAGCUGACCACGUGCUGCGCGCCAGCACCCUGAGCAGCGGCUGCGCUGAGCACCGUGACCAGCACGUGCUGUACCUGGAGCACGUCGUGGUGAGGCUCAGCAUCUCCCACCCGCGCCGGGGAGACCUCCAGAUCAGCCUCGUGUCUCCAGCAGGAACCAGGUCGCAGCUCCUCGCCAGGAGGGUGUUCGACCACUCCAACGAGGGGUUCAAGGGCUGGGAGUUCAUGACCGUCCACUGCUGGGGGGAGCGGGCGGCGGGGGAGUGGACCCUGGAGAUCCACGACACGCCAUCCCAAGUGCGCAACCCCGCCGUGCAAGGGAAGCUGAAGGAGUGGAGCCUCAUCUUCUAUGGGACAGCUGAGCAUCCCUACACUGCACUGGGUGGGCCCCAGUCCCGUGGGAGGUCGUUGGAAGUGCCAACAUCGGAGAUGGAGCCAUCAAGAGCCGCCUUCCUGCAGAGCCAGGUGGAGGUGGCAGAGGAGGAGGAGGAGUAUGCAGGUCCGUGCCACCCCGAGUGCGGCGACCAGGGCUGUGAUGGUCCCAACGCCGACCAGUGCUUGAACUGCAUCCACUACAGCCUGGGCAGCAUGAAAACUGGCAGGAUGUGUGUGAGCUCCUGCCCCGCGGGGUUUUUUGGGGACAAAGGUGCCCGGAGGUGCCGCCGGUGCUACAAGGGCUGCGAGCGCUGCCUCGGGAGGGGACCGACCCAGUGCACGGCCUGCAAGAGGAACCUCUACCACCACCAGGAGAUGAAUACCUGCGUGGUGCUGUGUCCCACCGGCUUCUACGCCGAGGAACGUCAGAAACGUUGUCUGAAAUGUCAUCAAAGCUGUAAAAAAUGUGUUGGCGAAGCAGACAAAUGUACUGCAUGCAAAGAGGGAUUCAGCCUGGCAGGAGAGAGCUGUGUGCCCGAGUGCCAGCCUGCCAUGUACCUCAGCCGGGAGCCCCGGCGCUGCGAGACCUGCCCCGCCAGCACAGGGCCGGGAGAGGAGGACUGCACCCCCUGCACCCCCGAGGGCCCUGCACCCCACUGGCGCUGCGUCCCCGCCUGCCGUGAGGGCUUUUACCCCGCCGACAGCCACGGGCUGCCCAACAAGGUCUGCAAGAGGUGUGAUGAUCACUGCUCAGCCUGCGAGGGCUCCAGUGGGAACUGCCUUCGGUGUAAAGAAGGUUUCAGCCUCCUGGGUGGCUCCUGUGUAACAAAUGAAACCUGUACCAACGCUGACAAGACUUUCUGUGAGAUGGUGAAAUCAAACAAGCUCUGUGAAAAGAAGCUGUUUGUGCAGUUCUGCUGUCAGACGUGUCUUAUGGCUGGGUAAAGUUCAGCGGCUGCGUCCAUCCAGGACUUCCACCGACUGCCAGCCCAGUUUUGCCAAAUGUUUAGGACAAAAAGUUUAUUUUUUCAGCUUUGGGAGAGUUUACAUGGUGCUGUCAAGCAUUUCGCUCCUAAGUUUGAUAGCUUUAAUAUCACUGUCAGCGCGUUUCUAUAGCAAUAUGUUAAGCAGAGAUCGGAUCGUACCCUGAGUGAUCACGUCCUGGGAGCAGCAGACAAGCGGUGAUAUUAAUACUCUCAAACACUCCUCGUGAGCAGGGACUGAUGCAUGAUCCAUGUACACACGCUUGGUUCUUCGCAGAAAUCCUACUGACCUGCCCGCUCCGAGCGGCUGGCGGGAGCCCUCGCCGCGAGGGAUGCAGGACUCCACACCUGCGAGGAAAGAGCCGUUUGUGGCUCACUUUUCGGUACCCUUCUCUGCUAGGUGAGAGCUGAUACAGACCUGAAUUGCCAACGGCUCUGUACAUAGGUAAAACGAUGAACCAGGCGGUUCCGGAGCGGUGCCCUACAGCCCACUCCGGAAUUCCUGUUCGGAUUCGGUCAGUCGCUGUUUCCCUCUGGCCGGGGCAAGAACUGGAGGUUUGAGGACCAAAGCGAGAGCUGACCCACGUGGCUCUGCAGGUGUGUCAGCCCAGCAGGGAACUGCAGGCAGGCAAAACCCGUGUGCCUACAGGGGGUCUUAGGGAUUUGGUGGGGUUUGUCUGCACGGACCGGCCUUACCACGAAGUGUAUUUCCCUCCUGGAACUGCGAGUAAGUUGCUGAUUAAUUCAGUUCUGGAACGAGCUAGAUCCUUCCUCUAAACGAGAUGCUGUCCCAGUUAAUCUCUUCUGGCAUUUUGUGUCAUCAUCCUUCCCCUGUUUUGCUGGGUAUACCCCUCUCUCUCACAAAAUCCUCCUCUUCACGGCAGUGAUUUUUCUUGGGCAUCUAUUUCCCAAAUGAGACAUUCCGGGGAUCCAGACAGGAAACUUAAUUCUACAAAACCCUCCCCCGAAACAAACUUUUUCAUGCUCUCUCUUAAUAGUAAGUCAUGUGGUGUUUAUAUAAUUGUGUUUAAAAUAUCCUUGGCUAUGUUGUUUUACAGAUUUUUAAAAAAUAACUUAUACAAUCCUUGUUUUUUCUCUGUGGAUUAUUUUUUAUAUGGGAGUGGGGUACCUUUUUGUGUCUUAUUCCUUCUCCUUUUCUCCUCUCUGACCCUGCAAAGCCAGUCUUUGCACCAGACGUAUGUAAACACUCUUUCCUACGCUGCAUGUUCUGAUUUUCAUUGUUAAUAGUUUUUAUGAGUUAAACCUUUUGCCAAUGAAAUCCUCAGUGUGAAAUGUCACUAGUCCCUCACAGAGCUGGGAUAAUCCCUGCUUGGUUUCAGCUGCAGUGACACGUGCCCUGCCUGGGCUUGCCCACUAGAGCUCACCUCAGCCAGGUGGAAGAGGGGAAAGCCACACUGCCACUGGUCCUCACCUGCCUGGGCCAAACCCAAGGAAAGAUGGAGCUUUGGUGAACUGACCUUUUAAGUUAAUAAACUAUUGAUCUCCCCUGACAA